CCGACUCACUUUCACUUGAUUCAACAGUCCCGACACUGCAUUUAUCCGACACCGGUAAAAUGGCGUUUACAGACGAUGGCGUCAAGGCGAAGCUGUCUGCCCUAAAUGAAACUCAAGAGUCUAUUGUCACCUGUAGCCAGUGGAUCAUGUUCCACAGGAGACACGCUGAUCGCAUUGCCCUCAUCUGGCUGCAGCGCGUCAAAGAAACCCCUCCAAACAAGAAGCUCAAUCUGGUAUAUCUGUGCAACGAGAUCGUCCAGCAAGGCCGGAUCCGGAAGAAGCCCGAGUUCCUCGAAGCCUAUUCUCCCAUCAUCGUUGAAGCCACCGCUGUAGCAUACAAAGGCUCAGGUUCAGACAUUCAGGGCAAGAUUCGUAGGGUUGUAGAGGUCUGGCGCCAGCGACAGAUCUUUGCGCCGGGAAUCCAGGACGAGAUUGAGAAGGCACUUGACGAAAUCGACCGCAGUCGCUCUAACCGAAAGCCUGCUCUCGGAGGCUCCCUGUUUUCUGGCUCCUCCGUUCCGCCUGAGCUCUCAUCUGUCGCGCCUCUGGCAACUACGCUCCAGAAGGCUGAACUCCAUGCCAAACCGACAAUUGCAACGGCAAAUGAAACAUAUGAUAAGGUCACGCACCCAGACUACGAUGCUACCCCCCAGCUCCACGCCGCUGCUCUCGCUGCCCUCGUCCACAAACUAGCAACUGCCGAAUAUGCCGUCUCAGAAAGCAUCAAAGCACGACACGCGCUCAUAUCUGGACUGGAAAAACUUCUCGAGGCCAACAAAGCCAAGCUCAGCGCUGAAGAAGUCCAAAAAGCCGAUCUGAGCGCACGGAAAACAGCCGUCGAAGGCCGCCGUGCUGAAGUGGAACGCGCGCUGCUCGCUAAUCUAUCUGCCAGCGAAACCGCUGCGAUUUCUAAAGCGCCACUUGCAGUUAAUUCGACCCCACAGCCAGCAUCCCUUGCUCCCGAACGCCCAGAUAUUGAGGAACUCACUCCGCCGCCAAUGGAGUCCUUCACCCCCGUCGGCUCCCCGAAGCCAGACGUCCCAGAUGAUGUCUUCCCGGCCCCAAUCUCCCACCCCAUUGAACCCGUCACUGUUCCCGCUCUUCCAGGCGUGUCUGCCGUUUCGGCAAUUUUGGCAUCAGUACCGGCGACGGUUAUUAGUGCCUCGAAUCCGAGUCCAGCCCCAGCACCGGGUGCGGAUCUCUUGAGUAGUCUGACAAACGCGAGGGCGGAUGAUGGAUCGAAUGGAAGUCAUAGUUAUGGUGCUGGAGCAGGUGGAGGGGGAGGGGGAGUGAGCUAUAAGAAGAGGAAGAUGAGUCGGAGUGCGGCGGAGGAUGAGUAUGCGGCGUUUGCGGGGGACGGUGAUAUGGAUGGUAUUGAUGCUGAUGUUGGGGGUUUGAUAUGACCGGUUGAAAUAACAGAGUGCUUGAGCGAAUGUAAUGCUCGUGUAUGAAUAUGGGUAUAAAUAUCCGGAAUUGCGGUUUGGGGAAAGCACCACACCGAAAAUGGCAAUGGAAUUGAGGGACAGCGGUAGGAAAACACCGGGGCACUUCACAGAUGGCUGCGUCUACUUUCUUGUAGCGGGCAUUUGUUGUGGUGAUGGGGGCUAGGUGCGCAU